AUGGAUCACAUGGAAUGUGAAGGGGUUGGGAAGGUGGGAAGGGGGGAGAAACGCAGAGCUAUGAAAGAUUUGCUACGCAAAGCACAGCCGAAAAUUAUCCUGCUACAGGAAACUAAGUUGGACCUAACCAGUGAAAGGAUAAUCAGAAAUUUCGCUGAGUCUCUACAGCUUGAGGUUACUUUUUCUCCUGCCACUGGUUCUGCAGGGGGCCUAAUGACCCUGUGGAAGCCCUCUGUGUUCUCUGUGGAGGAGAUGAUUCAAGAGGACAAGUUCAUAUACAUCUUUGGGAAGAUGAAAAAUAAUGGCUCAAGUUGUGGGAUUGGAAACGUGUAUGGCCCUAACCUGGCGGAAGAAAGGGAAAACUUCUUCACUUGGCUUGGUGCAACGAUUAAUAACAUAAUGGGAUGCUGUAUUCUGGGAGGUGAUUUCAAUGUGACAUUGAACCUACAAGACAGGAGUGGAGGCAAUGGGGGAGCGGAGUUGCCUUUUUCAGAAUUCAUGGAGAACCAAAACUUAAUUGAUUUACCCUUCCACAAUUCAGAGUACGCUUGGUACAGCUCCCGGAACGGGGAGAUCGUGGAGCAGGAUUGA